AUGACUUUUAUUCUUAACAUUAUUCAUUUACCAUCAUCCGUCCAUGCGUUAUCUAUAUCCGCAUGUUCACCAUAUUUAUAUUUAACCAAUACCGAUAUACGUACAAAUAAUCAAUAUAUUCAACCUUGUCCAGUGUUAAGUCCUUGCAAAUGUAUAUGCGAAAUUGAAAGUAAACGUUUAUGGAUUGAUUGUUUUUAUCGACAAUUAAAAUCAGUACCAAUAUUUCAAACAAUUGAAACGAAUAAUACAAUUCUUCAAUGGAAUGUAGAUUUAGCAUUUAAUUUAUUUGAUAGUGUAACAUUUAAUGAGAAUAAUAAAACAAAAUGGAUACCAGAUAAUAUGCAUAUACGUCAUAUGGUUCUUGCUGGUUCACUUGCAUAUGAUCUUAUUGUACAAUUAAAUUUAACACAUCGACAUUUAAUUGAUAUUUGGCCUAGUCAACAACAUCUACCUAUUAUUGAUGAUCAAUUUCAACUAUUUGACGAUUAUGAAAAUGAUCAAUCAGAAGAAGAGGACAAAAACGAUCUAGAAGAAUUCCAUAAAAUCAAACGUUCACUAAUAUCACCGAAUUCUGAACACAAACGACUAUUAACUGAAUUAACAUUGAAGCUACGCGAAGCAACAAAGCGAAUUAAUCUAUUUAAAUUAGCAUUAUCGGGUGAACCUUCACCCAUAUCAAAUCUCUAUCUUGAUCAUAAUUCUCUCGAUGCUAUACCUAUGCAAGCCUUAUAUAAUGCUACUGGUUUAUAUGAAAUAUAUUUAUCGUUUAAUAAUAUAAUUCAAUUGCCAGCAUAUGCAUUUGGAUUUUCUCAUCAUCUUACACGCGUAGAUUUAUCAUACAAUAAAUUACCUUCAAUCAAUAAUUUAGCAUUUCAAAGACAUCCAAAUGCAUUUGCUGGUCCAUUUCUUAUUGAUUAUCUUGAUUUGUCACAUAAUCAUUUAACAAUUUUAGAAGAAAAUGCUUUUUCUUAUCUGGUAAAUUUACGUUUAUUAAAAUUAGAACAUAAUCAAAUACGUUCAAUAUCUGCACAUAUAUGGACUGGUCUAUAUCGUUUGAAAUAUCUUGAUCUAUCUCAUAAUUACAUAGAAAAUUUUACUCAAGCUUUCUAUAGCGGUUAUCUUCAUGAAUUAAAUCAAUUAAAAAUAACAUCGAACAAUUUAAGUGAACUAGGUCCUUGCGAAUUUCUACCACUUAAAGGAUUAACUAAACUUAAUCUAAAUGGAAAUAAUAUAACAACACUUGAUACGUGUUCAUUCUAUGGUCUUCAUUCUACAACGAGCCAGUCAUCCUUAAAUGUACACUUACGUUCGAAUCAACUGGAAACUAUUGAUCCAUGUACAUUCAAUAAUUUCGCUCGUUCAACCAUUCAUUUAGAAAAUAAUCCAUUGAUAUGCAAUUGUUCAUUUAAUUAUCUAUUACAUAAUCGUCAAUCCCUUGCUUAUACAGGUCAAGAAUGUGGUGGUGGAUUUACGUAUCAAUCACAAAAUCAACACUUAGCUUUACCUGCCGUCCGUAAAGCAAAUUUAACAGCAAACAAAAAACCAAUGAAUGUCUCAAUACUAUGUCAAGAAGCCUAUGCAUAUUAUAAUGAUCUAUGUUCAAAACUUGAUUGUUCAAAUCAAUGUGCACCUAAUGAACGUUUCAUUAUUCAAAUAACAACCAUAGCAACACCGAGUGGAACAAUAUUUAUCUAUCAAAAAACAUUUGUUUCAAUUGUUGUUCUUGUUCUAGUUCAUUGUAGUCUCUUUUUUUGCGUGUAUAAAUUGUGA